CCCACCACAGCGCCGCCGCCGACGGCGCCACGGGUCCGGCGCGCCAAGCCGACAGCGGACCACGACGGCCAGCAGUAACGAGUGUGCGCGCCGGUUUCGUCUCGGAUUCGCCGACUGCUAUCCUAAACGUAUUUGUUCUCUACUUACAAGAAGACGCCUCUUGCCAGUAGGAGCACAUCACACUCCCGGUGACGUCAACAAAGUACAUUACCGAUUUGUUGUCACAUCAAGUUGAGGAGUGUAGUCUACAUCCAAUCACAGUGCGUCGAACAGCUCUAACGUGGAAGCUGGUAAGAUAACCUACACUUGUGAUUUCUGAAGCAGGACUGUGCUCUUGAGUAAAGAAAGGGACUAGUGAAAGUAACGCGUACAAACUCGACAGGGCCGUGUGCUGCUCCAGCUGCGGGACACGGGAGUUGCGACUAGCGAGGCCAACGCUGAAUGCGAUCCGCGGGGCGAGGCAAAUGGAUGCUGAUUCGAUUAGUGCCAAUGAAGGGCCUGCCUGAGGACCUUUUGUCCAGCUGAUAGGUGGGGCGGCUCAUUUGGAUGCGUGCAGCCCGCCCGCUCUCCGAAGCGUUCCAGCGCCGUCCGCGUUGCUGAGCCCUGAUGGUCGCCCUACCACUUCGGCCGCUCUGACGUGUGGACAGUACGGCUUUCCGACAAGUUCGACGGAAGUUUAGUACCUACAGCACACACUCUGCUUAAGCGACGACAAACCUUCCCCUACGGCGCUCUGCUUGCUGUGGCUGACUUAAAUUUGUAAAAGAAGUGAACUGUCAACGUAACGAUUUUAAGUUAACUAGUUUUUCGAAGGCAGUCUCCUUUUACUACAUUUGCUGAAACAUUACUAUGAUCUUGCGACUUCUUUUCCGCCUCGUCCUCGCUGUGAACCUUUAGGGCUGUGAGAUUAUAAGCAGCUACAGUCAUUCGCAGUCAGUAUGCCGAUAAAAUUGAUGUCUUAAAAGCUUCAGUGCUUUAGCUUUAAACGCGUUAUAUUUGGCCCAGAAAUGAAAUAAUUUCAAAAUUUUGACGUUGAGACAAUAUUGUCGCAGUGGAUGAAUCUGAUUAAGAUCGCCGAUCCAGUGUAACUGACAGAGUUCGGGCAGAUAUAUUUUGAAAGCCGCUUAAACUGAAAUCGAUCUUCCUUGUUUACCAGUACCAUCACCAGGACUCGAAAAGUAUCAAUGUGUCAAGAAAUGUACGAUGCAGUUCUCGAAAGACCAACACCGGGAAGGCAGGAGGACGGUGAGCCGUGAGUGAGGCGGGUGGACGCCAUGGAAGCCGCAGCCCGCCAGCUGGUGCUGCCGACGCUGCUGGGGACGGCGUUCCCUGAGGCGGAGGCGGGGGCGGGCGCGGAGGCGGCCGUGGACCACGCCUUCCUGCUGGAGGCGCAUCGCAACCUGACUGAGCGCAUCCGCAACCUGACGCGUGUGCUGAGCGCUCUCAACGACUCACUGGACCCACGCGUGCUGGCGCAGUUCAGCAGCAACCGCAAGCUGGACGACCCGGCCGCCUUCUACGCGCUCGUCGCCGCCUACUCCCUGCUCAUUGCGGUCGGCGCCGCCGGCAACUCUCUGGUCGUGUGCGCGGUCGUGCGCAAGCCCGCCAUGCGCACGGCGCGCAACAUGUUCAUCGUCAACCUGGCCGUCUCCGACCUGCUGCUCUGCCUCGUCACCAUGCCGCUCACGCUCAUGGAGAUCCUCACCAAGUACUGGCCGCUCGGCCGCCAGCCGUUCGUCUGCAAGAUGCUGGGCACUCUCCAGGCCACGAGUAUUUUCGUGUCCACCAUCUCCAUUACUGCGAUUGCGCUCGACCGCUACCAGGUGAUCGUGUAUCCCACCAGGGAGAGCCUGCAGAGGGUUGGGGCUGUCGUCAUCCUCGUCUUCAUCUGGAUUUUCUCCCUAGUACUGGCCCUUCCCAUGUAUCUCUGGAGGACUCUCAAGCAUCACGACAUAAAUCUCCCCGAUAUAGCUUACAUUUCGUACUGUCUGGAAGAGUGGCCCAUAGAACACGGCCGCGCUUAUUACUCCAUAUUCUCGCUGAUCUGUCAGUACCUGCUCCCCAUCGUCACAGUCACCGUAGCGUACUCCAGAAUCUGCCACAAACUGCGGUACAGGUUCUCCAGCAGUUCUCCCGUCUCCCACAGUAAGCGCGGCGAAGCGACUGUCGAGUCCCCAUUGCGCCUGAAAUCUAAAGAGGAUCGUCGCUUGAAACGAACCAAUUCCCUGCUCUACUCCAUAGCUCUGAUAUUCUGCAUCAGCUGGCUGCCGCUCAAUGUCUUCAACGUAGUGCUCGACUUGUGGUACCCGUUCGACAGCAGUCAGGGUGAGACGAUGAUCAUCUUGUAUGCGGUGUGCCAUAUGAUGGGCAUGUCCUCGGCGUGCUCCAACCCUCUGCUAUACGGCUGGCUCAACGAGAACUUCCGCAAGGAGUUCCGUGAGAUCGCCUCAUGCGCCUGUCCGUGCUUGCCGGCGGUGAGGAGGUCGCUGCGCCGCUGUCUCGACUCACUGCGCAGGCGCACCUCGGCCGAUGCGCGUCUGCGACACGAGACAACCACCAACGGCUCCGGCCCUACUACUGGGAAAACAGCCACUCUCCUCGUAACAGCGCAGAUCGGUGAGUAG